CUGCAGAACGUCCAGGAGGAGAUCGAGAUGGCGCACAAAGCCGAGGAGGAGAAGCUGGAGCAGCACCGCAGGAAGCAGAGGGCUGGGAGGAUGGACGUGUCCCCGGUGCUUAUUGAACGGAUCAAGACCGAGAAGCCCGAGUUUCAGCUGAAGCGAAAAAUUAACUUUGAUUAUGACGGGCCGAUUCCUGCCGAAGAGAGCGAUGAGCAGGGCACUGCGACCGACGCGCCGUGUUCCGAGGGCUCCAGUUCGACUGACUCCGUCUGCGGGCUUCACUCGUCUGAGAGCCUCCCUGUUUCUGACGGCUCCGCCGGCGGACCCACAGUGGCCGAUGUCAUCAAGACUGAAGAAGACCUCGAGUGUGAGGAUUCGCUCACCUCAACCUCGUCUGAUUCUGUCUGCUUGCUUCCAUCACUUUCAUCUGAGCUACGUCUUGAGACAAAAGGACGGACCAGUGACCUCGAGGCUUCAGCACCGGAGGGAGUCGAGGCGGGGGCGGCAAAAGGCGAGGCAGCGGAAGGGGAGACAGCAGACACGACAGGCCGAGGGGAAGCGGCGGGGGAGGGGGCCGAUGAAGGAGCGGCGGCCGGAGGCGGGACGGGCCAAGGAGAGGAGGAGGGAGGCGCCAAGGAAGAGUGAAGCAUGUCCGGGAUUGACCCGACGGAGGGUCCAGAGGCCCCCCCGCCUUGGCUCCGUAUCGCUGUGAACUGUCUGACCUUGUAAGCAAAGGGUAGAUUUUAUGAAAAUCAAUAAACCUGUUUGUCUG